AGCAACGUCACCAAGCAGGAAGCUGUUCUUCCGCGCUUUAGCCGACGUAAUUGUCAAAACCUUGGAAGUUUCAGUGUUGCAACAUUAUGGAAGCAAGCAAUCACGAGCAAACUUGUGUUACUUUGUCUGGAGAUAGUAACAGCGGCCAAAAGGUGGUCUCGAAGGUCCUGGCUGAGCUGCGUCUGGUGGUUCUGGGAUGGAGGUGGCCUGGCAAGAGCCUGACUGCCAACACCAUCCUGGGAAGGGAGGAGUUCCGCUUGGAGCGCGCGGCUGAGUUCUGCGUCACCAGGCAGACGGAGGUGCAAGGUCGGCAGGUGACGGUGGUGGACACGCCGGGCUGGUACUCUUCCCAGGACACACCACUGUCCUACAAGAAGGAGAUCGCCAGAGGAGCCACCUUGUGUCCCCCCGGCCCGCACGCCUUCCUGUUGGUCAUCCCAGUGGGCAUGUUCACCGAGGUUGACCGCGCCCGCAUCGAGGAGCACGUGGGCCUGUUUGGUGAGCGCGUGUGGAGGCACACCGUGGUGGUGUUCACCUGGGCUGAGGUGCUGCGGAACAUUUCCAUCGAGCGGUACAUCCGCCGCGAGGGUUCUGAGCUGCAGUGGGUUCUGGAGAAGUGCAAGCGCAGGUACUUUGUCAUCGACAACUGCGUCUUUGAGGAACAAGCUCAGGUAGGACGCUUGAUGGAGAGGGUAGAGAAGAUGGUCGCGGACGAAGGAGGCCACUACCACCCAGAAGAGGCCGCGGACCAGCAGAAGACCCCCCUGGAUGAGAACCAGAACCCUGCCAGAGAUGUGCAUGAGUUGGACGCAAAGCCCAAACACACCUCUGGCGCGACUCUAUCCAAAGAGGCAGCGCCGCUGUCCACCGAGUGACACUCCCGAGAGGUUAGCUUCACUAGGUUAGCACUGGUGUCACUUUGGCUUGAUGAUCACAAUAUUAGAGACACCUUGAUAGUUUAGAACAAGACUCAACACGGGCCAACUUCUUGUUGUAAUUCACCAACUUGCCCACUGGGAAGAGCCACUCCAACGUGUUGUUGGGCUACGUUGUGGUGGUCUACACCAAAGAAUGUCUGUCAUGAGACGAUUAAGUGUCCUGAUAACCAAAACAAAGUAGCACAAGUCAUCAGUCAGUGCCUUUGGUCUCUGUAAGAAUCUUCCCUCUUUUAGGAAAGAAUGUGAAAGGGCUGCACUGUUAUGUUAAUGAAGAAUGAAUGUUCUUCUACUCUGACACAUCUAUUUAUUUCUAUUGUACACUGUAUUAUUGAUGCUUUGAAUGGAUGUGAAAGCCCAAUCUGUUACAUCAGGGCCUGAAAUAACUAGCAAAGUAACAAAGACAAAAGGGAAACGGCGCCUCCGCUGGUUGCUGGUGAGUGCUGCAUUCCAUUUUGGCCUAAUUGCAAUGACUCAGCAGUUAACUACUGUAAUUGUUUUUUUUUACCAGUGACUGCAGAUGGUGUAAAUCCGUGACCAAAUAGUAAAUGUACUAAUAAAGGCACUUAUAACCGA